AUGUCGAUGCUGCACUACAGCCGCCCAUUCAAUGGCCAGAAUGAGCUGUCUGCGAUGAUCGAAGAGGGAAAUAACAAUAAUGAUCCCCCUGUCCGCGAUCCGGAAGAAGAUCAGCUUGAAAUUCGACCAACAACAGGAGCAACGCAGAAAAUAAACCCAGUCACGAUGCUGCGCCAAGCGUUUCGUCGAAAAGAAUGGGAUCUAGUUCAUUUUUAUCUAGGAAAGGGGCUCUCACUCGACGACCUGCCCGUAAGAAAGCGAAAAACCAAACAAGCACCAUUGCCAGUCAUCAAAUCAAUCACUGUCCACCUCGAAGGCCCAGAAGUCUUUUUCUAA